GUCUUGGUUCUUUUCAUUUCUUUUGCUAAUCUUUUAAUCUCUGUCUCUCUUUUUUCAGUUGAGAAGGUUCAAUUGGAUGUGCAUUGAGAUUGGAUAUUUGUCAAUUAUAAUUCUAUUUAAAUUUGUUUUUAAAAUACUGUUUCUUCCCCCGUUUUGUGGUUGACCCUUGUCAUGUUUUUGUCAUUGUUUUCCUCUGUACUCGUAUUUUAUCUAAUAAGUUUAAUUGGGUUUGACGAUAAAAAGCAGCUGUUUCCUUCUAUGCUUCUUCAACUUAUUUUCGUGUGGGUGCAUUGUGGUUGAAUAUCUGUCAAUAUAUUCUCGAUCCAAAGAGAAAAUUGGUUAUUUUGAGUUAUAUGAUUCAUUCUGUUCCUGUCUUGCCCAAUUGUCAUUCAUACUACAAGUAAGUUGCGGUGUCUAAUGAUUGCUUCCAUAGGUUUCUAGGAGUUCACCUUUUGUCAUGCGAUUGAAUCUGUUUAAAUGCUUGUUAGUGUUUCUUAUUGAGUGGCAGCGAAUACUCAUGGAAACUGUUUUGGCAUGCAAAUUUAUUGCAGCCUCAUUUAGUUUUACAAUUUUUGUCAGGUUGUACGUACCAGCGGUUAUAUGACAAGCAGGCUAUUGAUAGAAAUUGGUAUUAUUUUGGCUGCGUGACUACUUUCUUAUGAUAUUUUUCGACUGGAUUUAUUUUCAUUAUGAGUAGUAUGUUGAAGAGAUCUCAGGAAGAGGCUGUUCGGUCAUCUUCUAAUCAUCCUCGUGAAGAUGCUGUUACUUAUUCUAAAUUGUCAUUAUCGGCUUCAAAUGAAAAUCACAUUCAAAUAGUUCAAGACUCCUGUGUGGCAAAGACACAAUAUUAUGUAUCUCAUGAUGCAGAUAGACGAUAUCCUCUUCAUUUAGUACAUCAGGUGCCAUCAUCUUCUAACGAUUCACAUUUAAAUAAUCCUGUUGGUACUGAAAACAGGGUAGAAUUAAGGGAUUCUAAAGAUAGUAGAGAUCUCCAGUUUUUGAACUGUGACAUUAAGUCAGAGAAGAAUGAGCUCUGUGGUGAUCUUACCAGGGAUUCUAAGAUUGCUAAGAAUGAGAAGGAUGUGCAUGUUAAAGGUAGAGGAGAUGACAAGAAAGAUGUCAGAUAUGAUAGGGAUGUUCAUCAUGACUUGAAAGGUGAUAUUAAGACAGAAAGGGAUGGUUAUAGUGUGUCAAGUAGUCAGUUGGAUUGGAAAGACUCAAAAGAGCGCCAUAGGGGAAAAGGAUACUCUGAUGCUCCCAGUGGAGGUUUGGACACCAGAUAUGUAUCAAAUGGGAAUACAAAAGGCCCUAUUGAGGCUGGAAAGGAGGGUUCAACUGCAGAGGAGAAGAAUUGCAUGGAAACUUUCGUGGCUGUUGGGGAGACCAAAGAUUUAAAAAGUGAAGAUAGAUCUAAAGAGAAGGAUAGAAAAGGAAAGGAUGUAAUGCAUCGGGAUUGGGGUGAAAAGGCAAAACAAAGAAGUGAUGUACAAAGGUUGGAGGCAGUGGAAAGAGAUCUUCCAAAAGAGAAAGAGAAUUCAAAAGAGAGAGGAAAGGAUCAUAUCAAGGGGGGCUUAUGUAAUGAAAUUGGAAAAGUUGAAAAUAAUGAGAAAGAGCUUGGUAAUGCAUCGGUCAAAAUUCCAGAGCAAGACAAGGUAUUGCCAGAACAGAAGAAACCAAAAGAUCAUGACAGUUGGAAAAAUAUUGACAGGGAACCCACAGAGAGGAGGAUAGAAAAUAAUUCUGAUUUAGGAGACAGGCCUGAUAAGCGCAGUAGGAGCUUUGACAAGGAACCUGAAGAGGGAAGUGCUGAUAGGGAAGGGGCAGCUGAGAAUGGGAAGGAAGUCUAUAAUCAUGGUGUUCAGCAUCGGAAGAGAGUGAAAAGAUCUAGGGAUAGCCCACAAGUGGCUAAUUGUGGGCCUCAUUUCAGAUCCCCUGCUCAAGACAAUGAAGGGUCUCAUGGAAAUGCAGAAUUGCCUGUUUAUAAAGUCGGGGAAUGCAUGCAAGAAUUGAUAAAAUUGUGGAAGGAAUAUGAAUUAUCUCAAACAGAAAAAAGUGGUGAAGGUUCUAAGAAAGGCCCCACUCUUGAAAUACGGAUACCACCAGAGCAUGUCACUGCUACCAAUCGCCAAGUCAGAGGUAGCCAGCUAUGGGGGACUGAUGUGUACACAUAUGACUCAGAUCUUGUUGCUGUUCUCAUGCAUACAGGUUACUGUCAACCAUCAGCUUCUCAGCCUCCUACAACCAUACAAGAGCUGUGUGCAACCAUUCGGGUGCUUCCUCCACAAGAAUGUUAUACUUCUACUCUGAGAAACAAUGUCCGUUCCCGUAUCUGGUGUGCAACAAUUGAUUGUAGUUAUCAAGUUGAACGAUGUUGCAUUGUGAAGAAAGAAGGUGGAACUGUAGAUCUUGAACCUUGCCUUGCUCACACAUCAACUGUAGAGCCCACCCUUGCUCCAAUGACUGUUGAGAGGACAAUAACUACCAGAGCUGCAGCUUCGAAUGCAUUGCGGCAGCAAAAAUUAGUACGAGAAGUCACUAUUCAGUACAAUCUCUGCAAUGAGCCUUGGAUCAAGUACAGUAUAAGCAUCGUCGCUGACAAGGGCCUUAAAAAACCACUCUUCACAUCUGCUCGCUUGAAGAAAGGAGAAGUUUUGUAUUUGGAGAACCAUUCAUGCAGAUAUGAGCUAUGUUUUACUGGAGAGAAGAAGAGGAAGUCCAUGCCACCAGCUCGAAUGCAUGACCCAGAUUUAGAGAAGUCUCAAAAUCACCACUCGCAUUCUGCAAAAGGUGGAAAAUCUGAUUGUAAUAAUGUUACGAUCGAUGUCUUUCGCUGGUCUCGUUGCAAAACGCCUCUGCCCCAGAAAACGAUGCUUACAAUUGGCAUACCUCUGCCCCUUGACUAUGUAGAGGUGCUAGAGGAAAAUCUGGGCUGGGAAGAUGUGCAAUGGUCUCAAACUGGUGUUUGGAUUGCAGGGAAUGAGUAUGCGCUUGCCCGUGUGCACUUCUUGUCAAUUCACUAGUUCUUUUAUUUAUCCUUUUUUUUUUUUUUUUGAGGGCGAUAGGUUUUUUCUUUUUCUUUUUUCGAGUUGUGGGGACACAGAUACUUUGCCUCUUUCCGCAGAUCUUGAAUUUUUAGUACUGCUUCGCUUCAACAUGAUGAUAUAGAUGUUAGCCUUUCAUGGAAGUAGCAUUAUUAUUAUUAUUAUUAUUAUUAUUAUUA